GACAGUGUCAAAUAGUUAACAGAUAAAAGUUUGUUGCGGUUUGCAGUCCACACGUGUAUUUUUGUAUCAUUUUAAAAUAAAAUACCAUUUAAAUGCCGAAAUAAUGGAUGCAUACGAUAUCUUUAAGAAGUUAACAAAAGGUUUAACUUUCAAGUAUAAAGUUUUAGGCGUGAAAAAUAAUGGUCAAACAACAAAACCGACUAUCAAGAAAGAAGAAGAAAUAGAAAUAAAGCAGGAACAAGUGAGUGACAUUGAAGAUGACAUACAGAAUGAAUCUGAUCACUCCGCAUCAGACUCUGAUGACCAGGAGUCAGGUGAUGAGAAGGAGGAUGGAGAUCUACAGCUGGUGGAAGGAGUAAAAGUGGGUCAGAAGAAGAAAAAGAAAGAGAAGAAAGAAAAGCCUGAGGAUUUGCAGAAGAAACUUGAAUUGGAAGAGCAAAAUCGUUUCCGCAAUGAGCACGGCAUCAAGACAGUGGGGCGUCACGUGCCCGCUGCACUGCAAGACUUCUCGGAGCUGAUGACAAGGUACAACAUACCAGCAGCCUUAGUGGACACGGUGAAGGAGUGUGGGUACAGUGAGCCUACUCCUGUGCAGCGGCAGGCUAUACCUUGUAUGUUGGAAGACCGCCAAAUCCUAGCCUGCGCGCCAACCGGCUCAGGUAAAACGGCGGCCUUCCUACUGCCCAUACUACACGCGCUCGGAGCUCCGCAAGGCGGCCCCAGAGCCCUAGUGCUCUGCCCCACCAGGGAGUUAGCACAACAGAUAUAUAGAGAGGCUCUCCGACUUAGCGCUUCAAGCCAAUUGAGAUGUAGUGUUGUUAGGAGUAUUAAGGAAUCGAAAGUUAAGGAAAGAGAGGCUACUAUUAGAAAGAGUGAUAUAAUUGUUAGUACACCAAAUCGUCUGUGCUACUUGCUGAAUCAAGACAAUGUUAAUAUUUCUCUGGACAAAAUCCGCUGGCUAAUAAUAGACGAGGCAGACAAACUGUUCGAAGGGUCAUCAGACGAAAUGUCAGACUUCAGACAGCAGAUGGAGCAGAUUCUAACUGCCUGCGGAAGCAAACAGCGUCGCAUCGCAAUGUUCAGCGCCACGCAUACGCCUGCGGUGGCCAAGUGGUGUCGACAUCAUAUGCGGGGACUUAUCAAUGUUACUGUUGGACAGAGGAAUGCUGCAACAAAUCUAGUGGACCAAGAGUUAUUGUUCUGCGGCAACGAGAAUGGCAAACUCGUCGCGUUCAGACAACUUGUUCAACAAGGACUGAAACCACCUGUGCUAGUAUUCGUACAAAGCAAAGAUCGUGCGAAGCAGCUGUUUAAAGAGCUCAUAUAUGAUGGUAUCAAUGUGGAUGUCAUACACGCUGAUAGGACUCAGUUACAGCGUGACAACGUGGUCCGCAGCUUCCGCGUGGGUCGCAUCUGGGUGCUGAUCUGCACGGAGCUCAUGGGCAGAGGCAUCGACUUCCGAGGAGUCAACCUCGUCAUCAACUACGACUUCCCGCCAUCAGCCAUCGCUUAUAUACAUAGGAUUGGCCGUGCGGGCCGAGCUGGACAAAAAGGUCGCGCCAUAACUUUCUUCACACAAGACGAUGUUGGAAACCUUAGAAGCAUAGCAUCAGUAAUGAAGCAGUCAGGCUGCCAGGUCCCAGAGUACAUGCUGCAGCUGAGGCAGAACCCCAACAAACGUAAGAAGCUCAUGAAGAAGGCGCCUAACAGGGAUAAGAUAUCCACUAUAUUGGAGAAGAGGCCUGACAAAAGGAGACUAGAAGCAGCAAACGAAGCUUUAAAAGAAGACAAAAAAGGCACAGACUCAAUAAAGAAUGCAAAAAAUAAUAAACAUAGAAAAACACAGAAUGUAGAACAAAAUAACAACAAAAAUACACCAGAAAAAGGCAAGAAUAACAAGAAAAGAAAAAAGAAAAAUUUUGCCAAUAAGAAUAAGGGUGUUAAAUAAAUGCUUAUGUUAAUAAAUAUGUUUAAAACUA